CCCUCGCCCGCGCCUCCGCCUUCGCCCCUCUGGGUAUUUUCCCAUGCAAACACACCAUCUUUCUGCUUUCUUUCCUUUCCUUCUAACUUCAGUUCUUUGUACUUUCGCCCGCCCUAUUCAUUUCCUUACAAUUCAACUUGGCCUAAGUAGGCACAGCACUGACGGAGGAGAUUGAAAAGCAGAUAAAAGAGACAGACAAAGAGACAAACAGGCUGAUAGGCAGACAAAGAGAAAUCACCAUGGCUACUACUGUCGCUUUCGCCACCGACCUUGACCACCCCUCACAAGCGUUUCGCCCUCGCCCCUCGUUUCCUCGAGGACCUCAGCUAUCAUCAUCAACAUCUUCUGCGAAACUACGCAUCAUCCCCACUCGACUCGAUCCAAAGUCUGGUCAGCGAGUCAUUCUCUGGAAUGAUAUCGUGAGCCAGUUCCCAAAAGCUGAGCGCGUUGUUAAUGGAGAUCGCGCUAUCCUCUUCCUCACUAAUGACAAUUUUGAAUACCUUGCUCCGAAGCGGAUCCCUCACCAUCCAGGCGAAGUUCUCGAUAUCAUCUUGCCUGCUCCUAAGUAUGACUCGGGUUACGGCUUUGUCCCUAGUAUUGACGAUAUGGCUCUCGUGCCACGUAAGAAAAAUAGUGGGGAAGUGGAGCAAACACCCUCAGUCAUCCAUUCUUCUCAAACGUCCUGCCUGCCCACUUUGAAUGAUGACAAUGCUGUCCAGGUCCUUUACCACACUACUCUCAUCACUCCAUCGACUACUUCUGAUAUUAUUUCUACAACCAUUUCAACUGCAAGCACGACUGAGACAACAAUUGUAAAAUCAAAUUCUCAGAUAUCUCUCUGCACUGCCACACAGCGCCAACAGUCACAGAACUCCCAGAUCCAAACUAUCCUCACAGGACAGGAGCUGCAGGCUGAGGAGCUCAUGCGGUCAGUGCGAUAUUACUAUGAGCGUCUCCAGAUUGAGGUCCAAAAGAGUAGCGAGCUUCAGGAACGAAUCUAUACAAAACAAAAAGAGGCCAAGGAACUCAUGUUAAAGGGACAAAAAGAAACCCAGCAAUGGCAGCAACGGAUCAUGGAUCAACAGAUCUCCAUGAAGAAAUCGUUUGAAGAAAAGUCUGAAAAGAUGAUCCGGAUGCAGGAAAAGGCAUUGGAACGACUCGCACUGAUCCAGAACCGUAUACAAGCUGUACUCAGCCAGACAUACGAGCUACACGAGUAUCCCAUUCCACAUCUAUUCAUUGUCCUUCCAAAGCCUGCUCGACGGCGUGAUGCUCUCAUGAACCCAUUAUCGAACCAGUUCCGACUGUUCUUCCUCUCGGAGUUCUUCCAGAAAUAUGGGCCUUAUGUGCUAACGAUGAUGGAGAUGAUCAAGUUUGGGUUUGCGGUAGCUGGGAUGGUUGUACCACCUCUUGCACACACAGGGCUGGUGGAUGGUGUUGAGGCUAUCAAGGGGAGCCUAAAUGUAGCUAACGAAAGCAUAGGGUCACUAGUUGACGAAACCAUUAACAUCAUCAAUAGCCAAUUUGCCAAUGCAGAUGGAGGAAUGGAUUUGGAGGAUGGACAAAGCAGGCUGGAGGAUGUAGAGACACUGGAAGCAGCAGAUCUCCGACAGCUAGAGUCUUUCCUUUCUGCUCAUGACGAAGGACGAGUCCUUGGUAACUUGUAUAGGAUAGUGACAACAGAAGGCAAAGUCAAGUGGGUAUGCAUUGAUCAUUACCGUGAGAACUAUCGAUCAGCAACCUUGCAACAGAUAAAGGAUAGACUUAUCUCGCAUAGUGCAGUCAUUCGCGAAGAUGACACAGAGGUUGGCCUCACGCUUAAAAAGGAUUUAUCAGGAGAUUUCUAUGACAACUUCCUCAAAAUGCGAGGUAUCCAGACCCUUGAGAUUGGAAUAGCUUGGGAUGCAACUCUGAAUGAUCUUCGUCAGCUUGCACAAAUUGUGUCAGAUGCCAAUAUUACAAAUUUCAAACUAUAUGGCAAUUUUUUUCAAAAUCCCGCUCGUGACAUCUUCAAUAAUGGUCGUCGGUAUGAUCCGAUCGUUCAGCUUUUGCAGAAUCGACGCAUCCAAUCACUGGAGAUAGCUGACUUUAAGGACUUUUAUGCACAUGUGUCCUCAACCCCCCUGGGAAUGGCACCACAGGUUCGAAGGCUUACUCUUGGCUCGGACUUUGACGCUACAAACAAAGCUUCGAGAUCACUUUUGACGAGGAUCCUCAAGAGCUGUCCAGCCCUUGCAAGAUUGACACUCUGGUCUAAACACUUUUGUCCGACGAUCGAUUUUUUGAUGGGCCAUACUAGCCUUAUUCCCACAUUGGACCAAUUGAAGGUUAUUCAAAUGGACAUUGAUGCCACCUUUAAGUUGUUUAGAGGCAAGAUUCACGCAGCUUCCCUGCGAACCCUUGAUCCAUUGGCUGGGGUCGUAGCAAAAGAGCAGGAGUUCCUUAAGCGUGGACUUCUUACCAAGGUGAUAACAAGACGGGGCCAAGAAUUUACCGAAGACUUAUGGAUAGAGAUUUUGCGACUUAAUCCGAACGUGUCGGAGAUCGAUAUCGACUGUCAGGAUAGUAGGCAGGCUCUCGAACGUAUCCAACUAAUAUCCGCUGUCAGGAUGAAGAUGGUGGCCGAUAUAGGAGACAUAAGCCUCCGAACCUUAAAAUUAUCAUUGGGAAGCAAUCCAAUCCUCUCGCUUGAAUACGUUUUCAGUGACGAAAAUAAUAAUGCAGUUAACGUGGAGAGUGCUGGCACAUUUGUGGUGACGAAGCUUAAUACGACCAAUUUCGAAAAAGGUCAUCCUGCGGACCCAUUAGAAGACCUUGCGCUAACAGCUGAGGGCGGAGACAAGCUGGGUCAGAUCAUUGAGCGCUCACCUAAUUUGAGUCGACUCCAUCUGUAUUUCGGCAAGCUGGAUGUACCAGAGAAUCGGGAUCGAGCCGAGAGGAUCCUUCAGCAGUACGCGAAACGAACCACAGAGCUUUCAAUGCUCAAGUUUGGAGAUCCAGACUGGGUUGCCAAGCUACUAAAAGCUGUCCCGACACGACAUAAUGUGCCAGCGCUGGUAUCUCUAUAUGUCUACCUUUCUUCUAAGGACUCUAUGGCUCCUGAAAAUCUUACUCAGUGGAUUACCAACAUGGUCAUGGGCCCACCUUCAACGGCUACAGCGGCAAAUAAUGCUGAUUCAGAACAGAACAAUGGCUCCACAUCGACAGCAGUACUAUCGCGGCGAACACUCAAUGCGAGCUUAGUGGUAGAGAAAUCAGCUGGACUCGCGGAGCCUCUCACUCAAGAACUUCGACCAUGGGUCCCGCUUGAAAAGAUCUCCAUCACAAACACGAAGCUCCAGCCUCAGGACUGGGAAACGAUACUCAAAGCAAUUGAUUACACAGCUCUUGAAGUACUCGAUUUUAUAAGCACCAAUUUUGAUUUGGACCAACUCCAACUUUUGAUUGAUGUAAUUCAAACAAUUAAAAAGCGAGCAUCACCAUUGCGACUCUUAAAACUUGAAAAUACUAAGUUUGAUGCGUAUGGAAGUCGUGACGUGGAGGUCCCUAAACCUAUGAUGCAGGCGCUCCGUAAGAAGGCACCAUUGGUCAAAUUUGUUAAAUUUUAG